CAUGACAAACCAGGAAAAAUGGGCCCAUCUCAGCCCCUCAGAAUUUUCCCAGCUUCAGAAAUAUGCUGAAUAUUCUACAAAGAAAUUAAAAGACGUUCUUGAAGAAUUCCAUGGUAAUGGUGUGCUUGCAAAGUAUAAUCCUGAAGGGAAACAAGACAUUCUUAAACAAACGAUAGAUUUUGAAGGUUUCAAGCUAUUUAUGAAGACAUUCCUGGAAGCCGAGCUUCCUGAUGAUUUCACAACACACCUUUUCAUGUCAUUUAGCAACAAGUUUCCUCAUUCUAGUCCAAUGGUAAAAAGUAAGCCUGCUCUCCUCUCAGGUGGUCUGAGAAUGAAUAAAGGUGCCAUCACCUCUCCCCGUACUUCUCCAGCAAAUACGUGUUCCCCAGAAGUAAUCCACCUGAAGGAUAUUGUCUGUUACCUGUCUCUCCUUGAAAGAGGAAGACCUGAGGAUAAACUGGAGUUUAUGUUUCGCCUCUAUGACACGGAUGGAAAUGGCUUCCUGGACAGCUCGGAACUAGAAAAUAUCAUCAGUCAGAUGAUGCAUGUGGCAGAGUACCUUGAAUGGGACGUCACUGAACUUAAUCCAAUCCUUCAUGAAAUGAUGGAAGAAAUUGACUAUGAUCAUGAUGGAACAGUCUCUCUGGAGGAAUGGAUUCAAGGAGGCAUGACAACCAUUCCACUUCUUGUGCUCCUGGGCUUAGAAAAUAAUGUGAAGGAUGACGGACAGCAUGUGUGGCGACUCAAGCACUUUAACAAACCUGCCUACUGCAAUCUUUGCUUGAACAUGCUGAUCGGCGUGGGGAAGCAGGGCCUCUGCUGCUCCUUUUGCAAGUACACCGUCCAUGAGCGCUGCGUGGCUAGAGCACCUCCUUCUUGCAUCAAGACUUACGUAAAGUCCAAGAAGAACACUGAUGUGAUGCAUCAUUACUGGGUUGAAGGCAACUGCCCAACCAAGUGUGAUAAGUGCCACAAAACGGUUAAAUGUUACCAGGGCUUGACAGGACUGCAUUGUGUUUGGUGUCAGAUCACACUGCAUAAUAAAUGUGCUUCUCAUCUGAAACCUGAAUGUGACUGCGGACCUUUGAAGGACCAUAUUUUACCACCUACAACAAUUUGUCCAGUGGUACUGGAAAGACAAGCAACAGUGAAAAAGGAAAAGGGUGGUUCCCAGCAGCCAAACAAAGUGAUUGACAAGAACAAAAUGCAAAGAGCCAACUCCGUUACUAUGGAUGGACAAGGCCUACAGAUCACUCCUGUUCCUGGUACUCAUCCACUUUUAGUCUUUGUGAACCCCAAAAGUGGUGGGAAGCAAGGAGAACGAAUUUACAGAAAAUUCCAAUAUCUACUAAAUCCUCGUCAGGUUUACAGUCUUGCUGGACAUGGACCAAUGCCAGGGUUAAACUUUUUCCGUGAUGUUCCUGAUUUCAGAGUGUUAGCCUGCGGUGGAGAUGGAACUGUGGGGUGGAUUUUGGACUGCAUAGAAAAGGCAAAUGUAGUCAAGCAUCCUCCAGUGGCUAUUCUGCCUCUCGGGACCGGCAAUGAUCUAGCAAGAUGCCUGCGAUGGGGAGGAGGUUAUGAAGGUGAGAAUCUGAUGAAAAUCUUAAAAGACAUUGAAAACAGCACAGAAAUCAUGUUGGACAGGUGGAAGUUUGAAGUCAUACCUAAUGACAAAGAUGAGAAGGGAGACCCAGUGCCUUACAGUAUCAUCAAUAAUUACUUUUCCAUUGGCGUGGAUGCUUCCAUUGCACACAGAUUCCACAUCAUGAGAGAAAAACACCCAGAAAAAUUCAAUAGUAGAAUGAAGAACAAAUUUUGGUAUUUUGAGUUUGGCACAUCUGAAACUUUCUCAGCCACCUGCAAGAAGCUACAUGAAUCUGUAGAAAUAGAAUGUGAUGGAGUACAGAUUGAUUUAAUAAACAUCUCUCUGGAAGGAAUUGCUAUUUUGAAUAUACCAAGCAUGCAUGGAGGGUCCAAUCUUUGGGGAGAGUCUAAGAAAAGACGAAGCCAUCGCCGAACAGAGAAAAAAGGGUCUGACAAAAGGACCACGCUCACAGAUGCCAAAGAGUUGAAGUUUGCAAGUCAAGAUCUGAGUGAUCAGCUGCUGGAGGUGGUUGGCUUGGAAGGAGCCAUGGAGAUGGGGCAAAUAUACACAGGACUGAAAAGUGCUGGGCGGCGGCUGGCUCAGUGCUCCUCUGUGGUCAUCAGGACUAGCAAGUCUCUGCCAAUGCAGAUCGAUGGGGAACCAUGGAUGCAGACCCCAUGCACCAUAAAAAUUAUGCACAAGAACCAAGCCCCAAUGCUGAUGGGCCCUCCUCCAAAAACUGGGUUGUUCUGCUCCCUCAUCAAAAGAACAAGAAACCGAAGCAAGGAAUAA